CCAAGCUCUUAUUAUUGGGCAGAGUCUUACACAACUGGUUUCAUAAACUCAGCUGUGUAAGAAGUUGUGUUUUAAGAAAGACAGACACUUCUGUAACACACGAGAGAGGUCCUGGAAAUCCGCUGAGAAUCGCAUCGGAGGAAACCGGACGUCUUUUUUCCAUGUGACCAUGUCUGUGUGGAUGAUAGCAGUAGCUCUCUGUCUGGUGGGUCAGUGCUUGGCUCAGCGCUCGGAGCCCAUGUUUGUAUCUGUCACUCAGAGUGUGCUGCCACCUGACUAUGAGAACAACCCCACUCAGCUGAAUUAUGGCAUGGCUGUCACAGACGUGGAUGGGGAUGGAGACCUGGAAAUAUUUGUGGCUGGGUACAAUGGCCCAAACCUGGUGCUGAAGUACGAUAAAGCAAAGAAGAGAUUAGUGAACAUUGCUGUAGACAACCGCAGUUCGCCGUACUAUGCACUCAGAGACCGACAGGGGAAUGCAAUUGGAGUCACAGCAUGUGACAUAGAUGGUGAUGGGAGGGAAGAGAUCUAUGUUCUCAACUCCAAUAAUGCUUUCUCUGGUCGAGCCACGUACACUGAUAAGCUCUUCAAGUUUCGCAAUGGACGUUUUGAGGAUCUUCUAAAUGAUGAGAUAAAUGAACAGCGAGAUGUGGCAAAUCGAAUGGCAGGUCGUUCUGUAGCUUGUGUGGAUAGAAAGGGAACAGGGCAUUAUGCAAUCUAUAUUGCCAACUAUGCCAGUGGGAACGUGGGGCCACAUGCUCUGAUUGAAAUGGAUGAAACUGCCAGCGACCUGUCCAUGGGGAUUAUUGCACUGUCUAACGUGGCAGAACAAGCCGGAGUCAACAGGUUUACAGGAGGACGUGGGGUCGUGGUGGGGCCCAUACUCAGCCAGACCCUUCCAGAUAUAUUCUGUGCCAACGAGUACAGCCCCAACUUUCUUUUCCACAACAAUGGAGACGGGACGUUUACAGAUGUGGCUGCGCAGGCAGGAGUUGAGGACCCAAUGCAGCAUGGCCGUGGAGUAGCUCUAGCAGAUUUUAAUCGGGAUGGGAGGACAGAUAUUGUGUAUGGCAACUGGAAUGGGCCACAUCGUCUGUACCUGCAAUUAAACAAUAACCGCAAACAAAGAUUCAAGGACAUUGCUUCACAGAAGUUUGCCAUGCCAUCUCCUGUGCGCACGGUCAUCGUUGCAGACUUUGACAGUGACAAUGAGUUGGAGGUCUUUUUCAACAACAUUGCAUAUAGAGGAUCAUCAGCCAACAGACUGUUUAGGGUGUCUCGGAGAGGAAAUUCAGACCCAUAUAUAGAUGAGCUGAACAUUGGGGAGGCAGCUGAGCCAGAAGGGAGGGGAACAGGAGCUGCUGUGACUGAUUUUGAUGGAGAUGGACAGUUAGAUCUGCUGGUAACGCAUGGCGAGAGUGCAGCUCAGCCUAUCACGGUGUACCGAGUGAACCAAGGAUCAUCUAACAGAUGGCUCCGUGUGAUUCCACGCACUCAGUUCGGGGCUUUUGCUCGGGGGGCCAAAGUGGUGGUCUACACUAAAAGAAAUGGCGUUCACACACGCAUCAUCGAUGGAGGCUCUGGAUACCUGUGUGAAAUGGAACCUGUAGCUCACUUUGGCCUUGGGAAAGACGUGGCCACCAAUGUGGAGGUGUACUGGCCAGAUGGACGGUCUGUAGCCAGACCACUGGAGCUCAGUGACCUGAACACAGUUAUGGAGAUCAACUAUCCAACAUCUAAGGAGGAGGAAGUGACCCCAGCAGUCGAGAUUGAGUGUGGACAUGGAUUUUUUGUUAACGAAAAUGGCCGAUGCACUGAUCAGGAUGAGUGUACACAGUUUCCCUCUGCGUGUCCCCCUGAGCGUCCUGUCUGUACCAAUACAUAUGGGAGCUUCAAGUGCCGCUCAAAGAAGAAGUGUAACCAGGGACAUGAGUCUAAUGAUGAGGGAUCAGCCUGUGUGGUGCACCCGAGCUCUGGUAGAAGUGGGGGCCUGAUAAUUUAAAUAAUUGAAGAUAAACUUCAGGUGGACCUUCAGCUAAGUUUACUGGCCUGAUGCAUAUUUUUGUAAUUAUAAAGCAAAUGUUUUCUUCUACUAGCUAAUGGUAACAUACAGUAUUUCCUUGUUAUGUUAAGUCAUUACAAACAAUCUACAAGAUUGGGAUUUCUUGUAUGGAUAUAUUUCUCUCCAUAUUGUUGAGGAGACCACAUGUUAUUUUAGUUCCAGUCUAGAUUUAGCUUCUGUCAUUUCAAACCUGAAAUCAGGGGUCGGGAAUCUUUUUACACCAAAGAGCCAUUUUUCCCUUUUUGGUCAAUUAAUUUUUUAGAAGGAGCCAUUGCAAAAACGAAUAUUUUACUAUUAUUAAAACACAUUUUUUUCAAUAACAUUUCAAUAACAAUAACUUUAUUUAGAUCCAUAAACAAUCAAAUAUGCAACAACAAUAGGUUUGCAAAACGUUGCAAUAUGGAAUUAAUUGUGCCGGGCUUUCACUUAGAGGUUGAGUUUCCACAUGAGCAGCAUAAAACCCGUGUGUGUGUGUGUGUGUGUGUGUGUGUGUGUGUGUGUGUGUGUGUGUGUGUGUGUGUGUGUGUGUGUGUGUGUCUGUAAACUCAUCCAGCACAACAGAAAACAAAUCUGCCAAAGUUAUACACAGUACGUGCUCUUUUCCCUCUCUAUCAGCAUGUCAUGCACUGCUUGGGCUGACAGGGGCACAUCUUUUAUUUUCUGAACGAUUUUCUCCUUGUUCUGGAAAUCUGCAGACAAUUCAGUUGCCAUACUCAACAUGCAUGACUUUACAUAUCCUCCAUCGGUAAAAGUUUUUUCUUGUCUUACAGUCUCCAGUGAGCCAGCAAAGCUUGCAGCAUUCAGGCUUCCAGUUGCCCCUGUCCACGGUUGUAGCUGCUGCUGUUUACAGUUGGUUUUUUUAAAUGAGGCAAUACGUUCUGUGAAAAUCACAGAUACAGCAGAGCACCAGAGCGUUCACUUUGAAAUUUUUGAUGCUCCUCUCAAUUCUUUCUUUUCACCAUCUCCACAAACUAGCGUGAGAGGUUACCAUAGAAACGUAAGUGGUUUGCCGUUGAUUGGUGGGGUGACACUUGGGCACAGCACUGCAUGACUUCAUUGACUUUGCAUUUUCUGCAGGAAACUGAUUUCUAGUGAUGUGUUGAAUUUUUAAUGAUGACAUGUUGGUGAAGGGUGAGACACCUGGCGAGCCACAUGAUUUUUGUGAAAGAUCCAUAGGUUCCCGACCACUGCCCUAGAUGCAUUCUGUCUUAAAGUCUUUUGAACAAAUAAAUGUUUCUCAGUA